AUAACUGUGUGAGUGUGUGAGUGAGUGAGUGAGUGUGUAAGGAGUGCCGCUGUAUGUGUCUGACCUGUUGGGGUGUACAGAACCGCUCCCAAUCGAGAAGAAAGAGCCGAAACGAUGGCUCAGAGACACGCCCUAAAAACCCCAUUAAAACAAGUUUGAACGGGAAAAGCAGGGAGUUGCCGCUGGCGGAGGGCUGUCAGCACAGCUCCGGAGUGCCUCAUUGGAGCGCAAAAAGGGAAAUAGAGCCGAGAAAGUCGGGGGUUUUACUAUUUCCCGUUGACACAGACCCAGGACCAUGUCGCAGCCGAGCAAAGGGAAACCGACGAAAGACCCCAAAAAGGGAGAUGCAAAGACUGGCACAUCAGCAAAGCAAGGAGUUGGCACAGGUGUUGAAGCAUCAGAGGUAAAGGCAAAAGCUGGUCAUUCUGGUAAAGUCGACACUUCUAAAGCAGCAAGUUUGGCGAGCAAGCACUCCACAAAACCGGGAGUCACAGUGCAAAAAACAACAGACCCAAGCAAGGGUAAACCGACCCCCAAGAUGGAACCAGGGAGCAAAACAAAUCCAGCAGCCAAGCAGGCCACAAGCUCCUCAAGUUUCUCUGGGGCAAAGCCGAAAGAUACAGCUUUGGGUAAAGCUGCUACUGUUUCCUCUACUAAAUCAAGUGGGACCACAGGAGAAAAACAGUCACACAGCCCUAUAGCAGGCUCCCAAAAGGGCAAAAUGGUCCUGGGAAAAACAAGUGAUACUUCAAAGGACGUUAAGCAAUCCCGCAACAUACAUGCAGCAAAUGCCAACAGCGUGCGCUUCAAAGAGGAAAUACAUCAGAAACAUUUAGAAGACGUAAUGAAGAUUGUAGCUGAUAUGAAAAGUCAAAUUAUGAGCGAGGUAUCACUCAUGAUUGGUGAGGAAAUAAACAGCUUAAAGGGAACCAUUAUCAAGUCUUUGGAGAGUACCAGUAUUGACCAGAAGGGAGCAGUAAUUACAACACUGAAAAAUGCAUCAGUUAUUGAGCCCAAGAAUCCAAAGGAAUCUGCAAGUGUUUCAUCCACUGCUUCAGGUUCUGCAAAUAAAAGUGCUGCUCAGGGUAAAUCAGAUCCAAGUGCUGUCAGUUUGUUGGCAGACACACUUCUGCCUGAAGACACUGGUCCUACAGCUCCUAAAUACACUGGCCCCAAUGUUCAGGAAGAUCCACGAUCUGAGAAGAAGAUUAAGAAGUUAGGGGAAGAUGAGAGAACCAUACCACCAGACUACAGAUUUGAAGAGGAUCCAAAUACUAAGAUUAAAACGAGUGCUUAUCCAGAGACAAAACUAAGGUCAAUCCCUGGGGAGGUUCUGACAGACAAAGCUCUUAUAGAUCCUCUGACCUUUGACAUCAAGUCUGAUGCUUCAAUUUCAAAGUCUGCAGCACCACCACCGUCCUACUCUCAAGCAGCCGCAUCGAAGCAGAAAGAGGGUAAAACUGAUGCUCACGGAGCUUUUGAUGAGCUCUCGGACAUGCUUCUGCCAGAAGGCCCAGUCCAUUCAGGUCCUAAGUAUACUGGCCCUCAAAUUAAGGAGAAAACAGCUUGCGAGAAGAUUGCCGACAAAGUGGGAGAGCGGGAAGAUUCUCUACCACCUGAAUACAGACUUCUCCCUGAGGCUACCAGUAAAAAGGACACAAGUGUUGGCACUCACGUUCAUCCGGCAGAGAAACCAAAGCCUCAGAUACAAAGUGACAUCAUGGAUGUUAUGGCAUUAGACUUCGCACAGAGCUCCCCGGGUUUGAUUACAAAGUCUCCCGCUCCAUCGUCACAUUGUGCGGCACCCCUACAGAAAAAGGAUCAAAUUGAACCUGUGAAAGCUUCAGCAGCUUUUUCAGUUUCUGCAAGUCAACCAGCUCCUAAGGGUAAAACAGGAGAUAUGGGAGCUCUUGAUGCACUCUCAGACAUGCUUCAACCAGAAGCCCCAGUCCAUUCGGGUCCUAGAUACACUGGGCCUGAAGUUAAGGAAAAAGCAGCUCAUGAGAAGCUUGCAGAUAAAGUGGGCGAGCGGGAGGAUUCGAUUCCACCCAAUUACAGAUUUUCUUCUGAGGGUGCAGACAAAAAGGGCCCAGCUGUUGUUGCUCCCACUGAUUCAGGAAAGAAACCAGAGCUUCUGACCAAGAUUGAUCUUGUGGACGCUAUGGCGUUAGACUUCGCACAGAGCUCUCCAGCUGUCAUUACAAAGUCUGCAGUGGCAUCUUCACAUGCUGCACCUCCUAUGCAGAAACAGAAUUGGUCCUUGAGAGGAGCGGACACUACAGAAAAACAACUACAAAUUUGCAGUUUUAAGUUGUGGUUUGCAACUUUAUUUUUUACCGUCCUACUUUAUCCAGUGGCUGGGGCAGGAGCAGCCAGGCCAGUGAACAAUCACAUUGCUUACCUGUAUGAGCAGGAUCAAAUCGAACCUGUGAGAAUGUCAGCAGCUUGUUCAGUUUCUGCAAGUAAACAUGAUGCCAAGGGUAAAACAGGAGAUAUGGGAGCUCUUGAUGCACUCUCAGACAUGCUUCAACCAGAAGCCCCAGUCCAUUCAGGUCCUAAGUACACUGGCCCUGAGGUUAAGGAGAAAAAAGCUCAUGAGAAGCUUGCAGACAAAGUGGGCGAGCGGGAGGAUUCUUUACCACCUGAUUACCGAUUCAAUCCUGAGGACAUAGCUAAAAAGGGCCCAGCUGUUCCAGUCUCCACUGAUACAGCAAAGAAGCCAGAGCUUUUGACCGGUACUGACGUUCUGGACGCUAUGGCAUCAGACUUUGCACAAAGCUCCCCAGCUAUCAUUACACAGUCUGCAGUGGCAUCUUCACAUGCUUCACCUCCUAAGCAGACAAAGGAUCAAAUUGAACCUGUAAAAAUGUCAGCAGCUUGUUCAGUGUCUGCAAGUCAACCUGCUCCUAAGGGUACAACAGGAGAUAUGGGAGCUUUGGAUGCACUUUCAGACAUGCUUCAACCUGAGGCCCCAGUCCAUUCAGGUCCUAUAUACACUGGCCCUGAAGUUAAGGAAAAAACAGCUCGUGAGAAGCUUGCAGACAAAGUGGGCGAGCGGGAGGAUUCUUUACCACCCGAUUACCGAUUCAAUCCUGAGGACAUAGCUAAAAAGGGCCCAGCUGUUCCUGUCUCCACUGAUACAGCAAAGAAGCCAGAGCUUUUGACCAAUGCUGACGUUCUGGACGCUAUGGCAUCAGACUUUGCACAGAGCUCACCAGCUAUCAUUACACAGUCUGCAGUGGCAUCUUCACAUGCUGCACCUCCUAAGCAGACAAAGGAUCAAAUUGAACCUGUGAAAGCCUCAGCAGCUUGUUCUGUUUCUGCAAGUCAACCUGCUCCUAAAGGUAAAAAUGGAGAUAUGGGAGCUCUUGAUGCACUCUCAGACAUGCUUCAACCAGAAGCCCCAGUUCAUUCAGGUCCUAAGUACACUGGACCUGAAGUUAAGGAAAAAGCAGCUCGUGAGAAGCUUGCAGACAAAGUGGGCGAGCGGGAGGAUUCUUUACCACCUGAUUACCGAUUCAUUCUUGAGGGAACAGAUAAAAAAGGCUCAGUUGUUGGUGCUCCCACUGAUCCAGUAAAGAAACCAGAGGUUGACCUUUUGGACGCUAUGGCAUCAGACUUCAUACAGAGCUCUCCAGCUACCAUUACACAGUCAGCAGCUGCACAGUCACACUCUGCAGCACCUAUGCUGAAAAAGGAUCAAAGUGAAUGUGAAUUUGUGAAAGCCACAUCAGCUUCUUCAGUUUCUGCAAGUCAGUCUGCUGCUCAGGGUAAAAUUGGAGAUAUGGGAGCUCUUGAUGAACUCUCAGACAUGCUUCAACCAGAAACCCCAGUCCAUUCAGGUCCUAAGUACACUGGGCCUGAAGUUAAGGAAAAAACAGCUACUGAGAAGCUUGCAAACAAAGUGGGCGAACGGGAGAGUUCUCUACCACCCGAUUACCGAUUUAAACCUGAGGAUACAGAUAAUAAGGGCCCAGCAGUUGGAGCUGCUAUUGAUCUGUCAAAGAAAUCAAAGAUGACGGAGACUCAAGUUAUGGACGCAAUGUCAUUGGACUUUGGCCAGAAUUCUGAAACUUUGAUGUCUAAAUCACAAGCUGGAGGAACUAAGCAGAAGAAGAUGGAUAAUAAAGCAGGAGGCUUAAGCAUUGAAACUUCGCCUACAUCACCUACAUCGCCUAAAUCUCCUAAAUCACCUACAUCCCCAACAUCACCCACCAAAGCCAAAGACACAGCAUCUAAAUCAGCAAAGGCAAAAGAGCAUACUUCUACAAAAUCUAGCUCAAAGAAAAGCCGCAAGCGUUAAAACCUGCAAAACAGGCCCUGGUUUCAAAACUGACCACUGUGCAACUGUCUUUUUUGGUUGGGAACGUGCUUCUGUAUAAAUAUCUGUGGUUCCUUUCAAAUUCUCUGGAGAGCUGCUGCAGCAUGUUUUUUUGGGGAUGUAAAGUGUUUCCUGUAAGUUUAAACACCAGCCAAUUAUACUGAUAGAAAUUUUUUAAAGCAAUUUACUAAUUCUAGUUUUAACUCACUGAAAGAAGUAUUGUUUUCUCUUCUGAAGUUCUCAAACUGGAUUUAUAUAUUUAAAGCAAUUUAAAUAUCUAGGGGGGAAGGAUGCUAUAUUUGUAGGAAAUGUUUACUGCUGAAAUAUUUUGUGCUACAAAGACAUGAAUGUGUUACUUCCGACAUUGCAGAGCUUCAGUCAGCACAAUUCUAGUGUUUCCAAGUUCGGUCAGGAAAUGUACUAAAAGCUACAAACAGUACAAAUUUCACCUUAACUGUAAAGGACUGGCACACCUGUCCAGACUGUACUCUUGUUUAUUUCUGAUUCUGCACUACCUGAAACACUUUGUCUGCAACACAACCAUUCAGCAUCCUUCAGUGGCUUUGGGUGUAUUAAAGAACCUGUAUCAUGUACUUAUGAAAUCAGAAAAUAAAAUGCAGUGAAUUUCUGGAA